UGUUGCAGGUUCAGAGUUGGAACACUCCAACCUAUUUCUUGAACAACAAAGGAGCUUCUCUCUCUACCCCUUUUGAUUUCUCUCUCUAGAUUAUUGUGCGAAAAUGGCACAAAAGGAUUUUGGUUGUUUUCAAGAAGGAAUGCUUUGGCCUCCUACACAUACUCUUAACCAUGCAAAUGCCAUUCAUUCUCAGCAGAAGUUGGAGGAGCAGUUUAACUUUCCGACAAGGCAACCACAUCGGCACGGUGAAAAGUAUUCAUCGGUUACAGAAUCACUUCCUCCAUUGCUUCAUCGUCACACAAGAUCGACCCCAAGACCCCAAGGAACAAGAAAUCCCAUCGGACCUGGAAUGCAAGCCAUCUUCCUAGGUUCGAGCCAAAAAUCAUCAGGAACGGGAUUUUUUCUUCCGAGAAGAGGAGACAUCGACUCCCAAUUUAACAAUAAGUCAGCUUGUUCUCCUGUUCUCCUCCCCGCUCGAGUUGUUCAGACACUCAACCUUAAUGUUCACGAACUCGGCCACCAGAUUAAACCCCACCAAGAUGUUAAAAAGAGCAUGAAAGGUGACAACAAGAUGGCGAAAUUUAAACGGGGAAAUGAUUGUUCACCAGAGAUUUUUCUCCCCAAGGAAUGGACUUACUAGCUAAAGACAAGAUUUAAUAAAACAGAAGCUCCGCUCUAGACUAGAGCUAUCUAUGAGCUUUACAAUAAUCAUCAAUCUUCUGUAAUCUAAAUAAUAACAGGAUUUACAAUAAUAAUAAAGUGAAUUUCAAUUUUAUCUUUGUUUGUUGCGAUAA